AGGUUUAUCCCUACCACUCCCGGUGCGGCGAGGGUGAGCGAGCGGGCAAGCAAACCCCCGCGGCGGAAAUGGAUGCCAAGCUGCUGCUCCCCUUCCCUUCCCCGCCCGCCGCUCUCCACCCGGCGGCGGCGGCGGUCCCCAAGUCCCUCUUCCUUGGGGCCUCCCUCCCUCUCCACCCGCGCGCGCCGCCGCCGUUCCCGCUGCGCCUCCGCCCGCGGCCGGCGCUGGUGGUGGCGCAGGCCGCCGUGAAGCGCCGCAAGGAGGUCCCCUUCGACAACGUGAUCCAGCGGGACAAGAAGCUCAAGCUGGUGCUCAAGCUCCGCAACAUCCUCGUCGCGCAGCCCGACCGCGUGAUGAGCCUCCGCGACCUCGGCCGCUUCCGCCGCGACCUCGGCCUCACCCGCAAGCGCCGCCUCAUCGCGCUCCUCAAGCGCUUCCCGGGCGUCUUCGAGAUCGUCGAGGAGGGCGUCUACUCCCUCAAGUUCCGCCUCACCCCCGCCGCCGAGCGACUCUACCUCGACGAGCUCCAACUCAAGAACGAGUCCGAGGGCCUCGCCGUCACCAAGCUCCGCAAGCUCCUCAUGAUGUCGCAGGAGAAGCGCAUCCUCAUCGAGAAGAUCGCGCACCUCAAGCACGACCUCGGUCUCCCGCCGGAGUUCCGCGAUACCAUCUGCCUCAGGUACCCACAGUACUUCCGUAUCGUCCGGAUGGACCGAGGGCCGGGGCUGGAGCUCACCCAUUGGGACCCCGAGCUGGCGGUGUCUGCGGCCGAGCUCGCGGAGGAGGAGAAUCGAGCAAGGGAAGCUGAGGAGAGGAAUUUGAUAAUUGACAGGCCGCUCAAGUUCAACCGGGUGAAGCUGCCCAAGGGGUUGAAAUUGACGCGGGGAGAGGCACGCAGGAUUGGGCAGUUCAAGGAAAUGCCAUAUAUUUCGCCAUAUGCUGACUUCUCGCACCUGCGGUCUGGGUCUGCUGAGAAGGAGAAGCAUGCUUGCGGAGUGGUUCAUGAGAUUCUUAGCUUAACAGUUGAGAAGCGCACGUUGGUGGAUCACCUGACGCACUUCAGGGAGGAGUUCCGAUUCUCGCAAUCCUUGCGGGGCAUGAUCAUUCGUCACCCAGACAUGUUUUAUGUAUCAUUCAAAGGGGAUAGGGACUCAGUCUUCCUCCGCGAAGCAUACAAGGACUCACAGCUGGUUGAGAAGAACAAGCUGGUGCUGCUUAAGGAGAAAAUGAGGGCUCUCGUUGUUGUCCCGCGUUUCCCUAGAAGAGGUGGGGCUAGGACCAGUGAGGAAGCUGAGGGAGCCAAUGGAGCUGUGCGAUUGUCAGAUGAAGGAAGUGACGAAGAAUAUGAUGAAGAUGAGGGACUGUCAGAUAUGGAAGAUUUUAUUAGUGAACUUUCUGGUGGCAAAUCGGAUGGUGGCUACCAAUGGGGCGAUGGUUGGUUUGGUGAGAAUGAUGACGCGCCGCCAGACUUUGCAGAUGAUGACUCAAGUCCACAAGAAGUUGAGGUUACUAUGAAAAACACUGAUGGUUCUGCCAAUGGCAGGGCAGCUGUUCCUGUAUUUCCUGAUGGCAGACCAAGGGAACGGUGGUAAAUUGAGCUGUUUUAAGCUUUUGGUUGAUAGAAUUAUUAGUCUCAAAUGCUAGUUCUUUAUAAUAUCUAGCUGCAAAGCUGUUUGUCUUUUGAGGUGCCCUACUGAUUUUUGUUACCGAGAACAUCAGUAGAACACACUUUUGAGGAACCUACAUGAUAAUGUUGAAAAUUCUACAAGAUUAAUCCUCUGGUGAAUGUUAAAAAUCACAGAUUUGCAAAACUA